AUGUCUAACUGGAAGCAGUAUUUGUCUUCUCUGUAUUUUGAUCCCAAACACCCUGCUAGUUUUUCGGGUGUUGAGAAAGUGUACCAAUAUAUCAAGUCUGAGGGUAAAUAUAAAAUUGGUAGGCCCAGAAUAAGGAAAUGGCUUCAAAGUCAACAGUCUUUUUCUUUGACUCGAGGGGCCAGACGUCAAUUUCCUCGAUCUCGUGUAAUUGUCCAAGGGAUAGACAGCCAAUGGGAUAUAGAUCUGAUGGACAUGGUUGACUUAGCCAAACAAAAUGACGGUUAUAAAUACGUAUUGGUGGCUAUAGAUAUUUUCUCCCGUUUCGCAUUUUGUCAACCCAUCAAAAGUAAAAAAGGUACGGAAAUAGUGAACGCGCUAGAGCGAAUACUAUCAGGCCCAAGAAAACCUAAUACGGUGAGAACCGACAGGGGUAUGGAAUUUAGAAGCAAGGAGGUCAAUAAGUAUCUUCAACAUGAAGGAAUUCAUCAUUUCUACGCCCUAAACACUGAGACAAAGGCUAACUAUGCUGAAGCGCUAAUCAAGAAUCUAAAGCACAGGCUAUUCAGGUACAUGUUACAUAACAGAACACAGCGCUAUAUUAAUGUCCUCCAAAAAACAUUAAAAGGAUAUAACCGCACAAUUCACAGGAGCCUCGGAAAGAGACCCAUAGACAUAACGAAAGAGAUCGAAGGAGAAAGUAGGCUUCAGCAAUAUUUAAUUAGGACCAAAGGGGGUAAAACAAAACUAAUCAAGAAAAAGUACAAGUUCAAAAUAGGUCAAACGGUGCGCGUAUCUCACGUGAAAAGUGUGUUCGAUAGGGAAUACUCACAAAAGUGGACGGGUGAAAUAUUUAAGAUUAAAACGCGUUUCAAAAGAGAAGGUAUACCUGUGUAUACUCUGGCUGACUGGGAUAAUGACGAUCAGGUAGACGGGACAUUUUAUGAACAGGAAAUACAAGCGGUCAACGUUGACGAAACCACAGAGUACCAUGUUGAAAAAAUACUAAAGAAAAGAGUUCGAAACAAACAAAGACAAGUCCUUGUAAGUGGUAAAGUGGUCAUUACUGGAAUCAAAGAUCACACUCAACUAGAUGAUGUGGUCUACCCAGUAUUAAUUGAACUGGAACUCUACACUCGUAAGAAGGAGUGA